AUGUCGAACUUUAACAGAAGCUGGCAUGGUGACGACCGCAACAUGAGUAUCCGUCUCCCAGACUCUGAAAAGACAAAAUAUGCUGGAGAGUUACGUGCAGUUCUGGCACGGAUGUGUAUCGAGGAUACGUCGACACAAAUAGUAAUGAAAACCUCUUCAAAGUCUCUUAUACAAGCUCUGUGCUCACGUCUAAGGAGCUGGGAGGAUAGAGGCUGGAUAGGAGUCACGAACAGUGAUCUGCUCCGUGCCGUAGCAGCCCGCUUGCGCCUACAAGGAAGCAGGAUAGUGUUCCAUAUGUCCGAGAACAGUGUUGACAUGGUAGGCGCAAAAAGGGCUAGUGAGCUGGCUCUGGCAGGUGCCCAGAAGGACAUCAUCGACGAAAUCGACUAUGUGUUCCCCAAAAGAUUUACGGUCUCCGGGGCGAAACUUAAUGCUGUUUCUCAAGCGACACUGUCGGCAGGAAUUCGUUUAAGAAAAAAACGGGUGACUCGACAGACUACGGAAGCAAAUCUGGACAUCACUAGGUGGGCAGCCAAGGUCCUGGGCGGUGUACUACCCACUGAUGAAAAAAUCUGGCGCUCCAUGCGGAAAAAGUCUAUAUCGAGGAAUAUUAGAGAGUUCCUAUGGAAAACGAUGCAUGGCGCCUUCAAAAUAGGAAAGUACUGGGAAAACAUACCAGGUUAUGAGGAACGGUCAACCUGCCCCAAAUGCGGAGUUGCAGAAACGAUGGAACACAUCCUAACAGAGUGCGCAAUCCCUGGACAGCUAAUAGUUUGGUCGCUAGCCGAAGAACUUUGGCGGAAGAAGAAUGCCACAUGGCCGGGAAUAUCCCUGGGUAAGGUUCUUGCCUGUGGAUUAUCGUGCUUCAGCAACGAUAAAGGAAAGAUCGUUGCUGAAAGAUCGCGUCUGUACGAGAUCAUCGUGUCAGAAUCUGCUCAUCUGAUCUGGAAAUUUAGAUGUGAACGCAGAAUUCAGAGAGGAGACGACUCACCGGGGGAUUGGCAUAGCCCCAGAGAAAUCCGUAAUAGGUGGGUUCAGGCCUUGAAUAAUCGACUGGCACAGGACUGCAUGGCAACAGACGUCGCGAGAUUUGGAAACAAGGCACUGCGACGAGACCUAGUCUUGAGAACAUGGAACGGUGUUCUUUUGCAAAACGAUGCGUUGCCCAACGACUGGGUUGGUAAUACCGAGGUUUUAGUGGGUAUUGAGCCGGUGAGGAAGCGUCCGCGUGGACGCUUGCGAUGA